AUGUCAGAAAGCAUCCGCAGCAAAACCUCUGCCGUCAAGUCGCCCUCGGACCUGCCCCCGCCGCGCGACCGCAAGGGCAUCCGCUCCGUCUCCCCGCCUCUCUCAAACAUGACCCUAACGCGCUUCAACUACUACAUCGUACUCCUCGGCGCACUGGUGAUGGCGUUCUACGCGUGGCGUCUCCUCCAGUGGAAGUCGGAGGUCGGCGGCUGGUGGAACAUGGUGCUCGGCAAGCACCCACUAGCGAACGGCGGCGUCGGCGCCGCGGGCGCGCGCCCUACAGUGACAGCGAGCGCGUCAUCUGGGGGGACGGGGACGGUGGAGGACAGGAUCAACGAGCUCGCCGCCGCGCUCGGCAUGCCGUCGAAGGACCUCGCGAUGGCGAUCGCGGACGCGGUGCGCGAGCACGUCCCUCCUGCGAGCCUUUCGUCCGUCGCUGCACAUGAG